UCGGUCACACUGCCGCACUACCACGUGCGGUUUGAUUUUGAUUUGCUUUCUGUUUUCUGUUGAUUUGGAUUUCCAUUGUCCGCAAAGAUGGGCAAAAAGAGUAAAGUAGGAAAAACCAGAAAGGAUAAAUUCUACCAGCUAGCCAAGGAGACCGGCUUCCGAUCACGCGCUGCCUUCAAAUUGAUCCAACUGAAUCGGCGCUAUGGCUUCCUCCAACAGUCGCAGGUGUGCCUCGAUCUGUGCGCCGCUCCCGGUGGCUGGAUGCAGGUGGCCAAGCAGAACAUGCCGGUGUCCAGCAUCGUCAUUGGCGUGGAUCUCUUUCCCAUCAAGGCAAUAGCCGGCUGCAUUGGCUUGGUGGAGGACAUAACAACGGAAAAGUGUCGCCAGUCGCUGACCAAGGAGCUACAGUCAUGGAAGGCCGAUGUUGUUUUGCACGACGGUGCCCCCAAUGUGGGUCGCAACUGGUUGUUCGAUGCCUACCAGCAGAUUUGCCUCACUCUCAAUGCCCUGAAGUUGGCCACCCAGUUCCUGCGGGGCGGCGGUUGGUUUGUGACCAAAGUUUUCCGCUCCAAGGACUACAACGCGCUGCUGUGGGUGCUGAAGCAGCUGUUCAAGAAGGUGCAUGCCACCAAGCCCAGUGCCUCCCGCAAGGAGUCGGCCGAGAUAUUUGUGGUGUGCGAGGGCUACAUAGCACCCGACCGCAUCGAUCCCCGUCUGCUGGACUCCAAAUACGUGUUCGAGGAACUCGACCUGGACGCCAAGAAGCCCAACAGCCUGCUCCACCCGGAGAAGCAGAAGCGCAUCAAGGCCGAGGGCUACACGGCCCAGGACAUUGCGCUGCGCAACGACUUGGCCGUCACCGAGUUCAUCAAAGCCGAAAAUGCCCUGUCAGCCCUGCAAGGUGUGGGCUCGAUCCGCAUCGAUAGCCAGGAAGUCGCCAGUCACAAGAAGACCACGCCAGAGAUUCUCGAGUGCUGCAAAGAUCUUAAAGUGCUGGGCCGCAAGGAUAUCAAGGGACUGGUGCUGUGGUGGAAGGCCCUUAGGGAUAGUUUUGUGAAGCCGGAAAAGACGGCGGACGAUGAGGCUGCUGGUGACGAGAAGCCAGAGGCUGCGAAACCCCUGACCCAAGAGGAAAUCGAGGACAUGGAGGAGGUCGAAUUCCAAAAGGAAAUCGAUGCACUCGCAUCCGAGGAGCAAAAGGAGCUCAAGCGCAAACGCAAGAAGACCCUGAAGACCAAGGCCAAGUUGCACGAGAAAAUGAACCUGAAUAUGGUGAUCAAGGGCGACGAAGGGCCCGUCGAGGAGACAGAGCACGAAAUCUUUGACCUGAAGACCAUCAACUCUGCUGCCGAGCUGGACGACAUGCUCGAUGUCCAGCCCGAUAUAACCGUGGAGGAGUCCACCGACGAGGUGAACAACCUACCCAAAUACAAGUGGUACGACAAGGAGGAGAGCCGACUGGACGAUGAUGCCAACUACGAGGACUGUGAUGACGCAGAGGAGAGCGCUGACGAGGGCGAGGAGGAGGAACAGCUGGGCAAUCGGGGUCUGGGCCUCAGCGACGACGACGAUGAUGUUGUUAGGGGCAAAGGCAAGAAGAGAAAGCGCGAUGACAAUCCGCUGAUCAAGUCGGCCGACUUUCGCGACAAGAACACCAAGCGACAGCAGCGGGUUCAGCUCUGGUACGAGAAGGACAACCUCCAGAAUCUAAAGUCCGACGACGACGACGAGGAGAACUUUGAUCUGGACAACCUGGCCAAGGAGUACAAUGCCAAGGGCGUCACCGUAUUGGGCGAGAGCACGAGCACUCUUACCCCGGAUGCCACCAAGGGCAGGAAAGCGAAGCGUCGCGCACGACACCAGGAAACAGAAAGGGACAGCAGUAGCUCGGAGUCGUCCGACUCCGAGGAGGAAGCAGAGCCGAAGGAUAAUGAAGCUGCGGGAACCGCGAAGAAGGUACGCCUGUCCGAAAACGAGCUGGCAUUGGGCUCUUUGCUGGUCAGCAGCAAGAAGAAUCGCCGCGACCUGAUUGACGCCUCCUGGAACCGCUAUGCCUUCAACGAUGAGAACCUGCCCGCCUGGUUUGUGCAGGACGAGGACGAGAACAUGAGGCGGCCAGUGCCAGUGCCCCACGAGCUGACCGCCGAGUACCAGCGCAAGGUGCAGGAGCUGAAUGUCCGUCCCAUUAAGAAGGUGAUGGAGGCCAAGGCGCGCAAGCAUCGUCGCACUACAAAACGUCUGGCCAAGGCCAAGAAAAUGGCCGAGAAGAUAAUGGAGAACGCGGAUGCCAGCAGCCACGAGAAGUCCAAGCAGCUCAAGAAGGUGUACAAGAAGGCCCAGGAGAAGAAGAAGGAGAUCACCUAUGUGGUGGCCAAGAAGCAGUCGGCGGCCCGUCGAGCACGUCGUCCGGCCGGGGUCAAGGGUCGCUAUAAGGUAGUCGAUCCGCGAGAGAAGAAGGACAAGCGCUCCUUGGUGGCCAAAAAGAAGCGCGAGAAGGGCGGCAAGGGUGGCGGCAGGGGAGGCAAGGGAAAGCGUAAAUAAAAAUUCAGAAUAGGUCCUAAAUAUAUGUAAAAAAGAAAUGUUUUAUUACCAAACAUAUUAAAUAUAUGGAAAAAUUAA